AUGGCCAUCCUCAAGCAUGUCCUCAUCGCCGUGGCCGCCACCGCGGUCAGCGUCCUUGCUGGCCCGCUGUCCACCGAAGGCACCGCAACGGCUAUCGUCGAUGCUCCUCAGUCUGCUGUGACCGAGGUUUCAAAGCCGCUUGAAGGAAAGGAGCUCGAGGACUUCUUGGCCAAUGGGCCACACAUCCCCGAGGGCUCCAUUGACAUCACCAACACAACACUUGCCACCGAGUUGAUGAAGUUCCGCGAGGCUCAUAUCAAUGAGACCUCCUUGACCAAGAGGAGCGGCGCCUGCCAUCAGGGCAAAUGCCCCGAUUUCAAUGCCGCCUUCGACCUUUUCGAGCAGCACUGGGUGGUACCCGUCUGGGGCUCGGCUGCCAAUUACUGGACGUACGCUGGUCGCUGGAAUGACUGUGGCCAGUGCGGAGAGGUGCCGACCAGCAAAGGUGGAUGCUUCGACUUCACUUCGUGCGGCCGCAAGCAGAACAUCUGUAUCGACUACGGAAAGGCUAGGGCCCAUCGCAUCUGGAAGGACAAUGGCCACAAGACAUGCUACAAGAUCGACCGGGCCUUUAUAGGUGGCUGUGGCGUCCUCGCAGCCGCCACUAUCGACCACCCGGUCGGGGAGGUCGCAUGCACUUGGUAG